UAAAAUAAUAUAAUAAAAUUACAGUGUUAACAUUAAAAUCAAUAAAAAUUUGUUUUUGAUAUUAUAUUAAAAAAAGCUUCUGCUAAACUUAACUUGACCUUGCUAGUUCUUUUCCGUUCAGCUACCGCGAUUGGAACAUGUCCUAUUCACCUGAAAGAAGAUCGGAAGAUUGGCCGGAGGAUCCUAAGAAUGGGCCGUCAAAGGAUCAAGGCAGUUACGAUGGACCUCCGGGUAUGGAGCCCGGCGGCGCCCUCGACACAAACUGGCAUGAAGUCGUGGAAAGCUUUGAUGACAUGAAGUUGAAAGAGGAAUUGUUGCGAGGAAUUUACGCUUACGGUUUUGAGAAACCUUCAGCCAUCCAACAACGCGCAAUCAUGCCCUGCAUCAAGGGUCGUGACGUUAUAGCUCAAGCCCAGUCUGGUACUGGCAAAACUGCUACUUUCUCAAUUUCGAUUCUACAACAUAUUGAUACUAGUGUUCGCGAGUGUCAAGCUUUGAUUUUAGCUCCGACUCGGGAAUUAGCUCAACAAAUUCAGAAGGUUGUGAUUGCCCUGGGUGAUCAUCUGAAUGCUAAGUGCCAUGCUUGUAUCGGUGGUACUAAUGUACGUGAGGAUAUACGUCAGCUGGAGAGUGGUGUCCAUGUUGUUGUGGGCACCCCUGGUCGUGUAUAUGAUAUGAUCACUCGUCGGGCACUCCGCGCUAACACGAUUAAGCUGUUUGUGCUCGACGAGGCUGAUGAAAUGUUGUCAAGAGGAUUUAAAGAUCAAAUCCAUGAUGUCUUCAAGAUGUUGUCAUCUGAUGUUCAAGUCAUUUUGCUAUCUGCUACUAUGCCUGAUGAUGUGUUAGAGGUCUCCCGCUGCUUUAUGAGAGAUCCUGUUCGUAUUCUUGUGCAGAAGGAAGAGCUCACACUGGAAGGUAUUAAACAGUUCUUCAUCUCAAUUGAUAUUGAAGAUUGGAAAUUGGACACACUCUGUGACUUGUACGAUACUCUUUCUAUCGCCCAAGCCGUCAUCUUCUGUAACACACGUCGCAAGGUCGACUGGCUGACCGAGUCCAUGCAUCAGCGUGAUUUCACGGUAUCUGCCAUGCACGGUGACAUGGACCAGCGCGAGCGUGAAGUGAUCAUGCGUCAGUUCCGUACAGGCUCGUCCCGUGUACUGAUCACAACCGAUCUGUUGGCGCGAGGCAUCGACGUGCAGCAAGUGUCCUGCGUCAUCAACUACGAUCUACCCACCAACCGAGAGAAUUACAUCCAUCGUAUCGGACGAGGUGGUCGUUUCGGUCGUAAGGGGAUCGCCAUCAACUUUGUGACUGAAGCUGACAAGAGGGCGCUGAAGGAUAUCGAGGAGUUUUACCAUACUACUAUUACGGAAAUGCCCAACGAUGUGGCUAACCUCAUCUGAGGUGGCGGCGCAUUCCACUUUAUAAUUUGUGUCCUGCAUUCUAUUGCGAUAUUUAAACGGUGUGAGUAUUAGGAGCAGCCUCCUAACUACCGCUGUGCUGUUUUUUUAUUGGAACGUUUAAUUUGGACCGAUACUUUAUUUUAGUUUAAUGAAAUAAUUACUAGUACUAUCAUAGACGUAUCUAUAUAAGUUUAAUCUACAUAGAAUAAGCCCGGCCCGGCCGGAUGGCCCCCGUUCCGCUUGGCCCUCCCUGCUACCUGCAGAGGGGUCUCAUCGGGUACUGGAGAGGCUAUUUCAAUCACAAAAGUACUAGAAGGAAAUAUUGUAUUGUAGCUUUUUUCCAGUUGUACAUAACAUGGUAAACUGUUUUUGUAAUACGGUAAAUAAAUAUGAUUAAAUAUUUUGACUGUAUUGUUAUUGAUAUGAGAUUGUAGCGCUCCAUUCCCGAUCGGAACCUUAAUUUCUAAUCAGCCUUUUAUUCAACUGUACAAAUUUUAUUUACAGAAAAUCUACCAACUGAGCUGUUGAAACGCACUUUGGACACAACUAUGUGGAAAUAAUAAAUCAAAAUUUCCUCUAA